AUGGCGUAUCCACCCAAGGCAGACAAGCCUGUUGCACCUGGUUCCUGGAGCAUCUUUCAGCACAUGAAAGCAAACAUCUGGCUGGCAGUUUCCAAUUCUCCAAGGAGAGCAAAGCAGCCACCCAGAGGUAUCCUGAUUCACAGGACGGAGUUGCCAGAACCAGCAGUGUGGCACAGUGUGGCUUUCCAUGUGUCUGGCUUCCUGUGCAAUCUGAGAGUCCCAUUCCCCCACCCCCGCCCCGCCCCGCAGUCCUUUGAGGAAUCCCAGCAAGCUGCCUUGACCUAUAUGGAAAGGAUGAAGAUACUUGACCUGAGCUGGAGCUGCCAGUUCAGCCACCUGAAAAGGACUCUCGCCCUUGCGAUCUUCUUGGGGAGCCUUGCCUUCGUGAUCUCCCAGGAGAACACACAGACUUCGAACAGCCUAGAAGGCGGCGCAGACGUCACUGCCUACUGGUGGGGCGAGUGGACCAAGUGGACGGCCUGUACUCGGACGUGUGGGGGAGGGGUCAAGUCCCAGGAGAGGCACUGCCUCCGGCAGAGAAGGAAGUCAGUAAGAGGGCUUGCUAACAAAACAUGUACUGGAACAUCCAAAAGAUACCAGCUGUGCAAAAUACAACAGUGCCCUCCAAAUGGAAGGAGCUUCCGGGAAGAGCAAUGCUCAUCAUUCAACUCUCAUGUGUACAACGGACAGACAUAUCAAUGGAAACCUUUAUAUCCUGAUGACUACGUUCACAUCUCCAGCAGGCCCUGCGACCUCCACUGCACAACCGUUGAUGGUCAAAGGCAACUAAUGGUCCUAGCCCGGGAUGGGACGUCUUGUAAAUACUCCGAUUUCCGAGGGGUUUGCGUGUCUGGAAAAUGUGAGCCCAUUGGGUGCGAUGGAAUUCUGUUCUCUACCCACACACUGGAUAAAUGUGGUGUCUGCCAAGGGAACGGGAGCAGCUGCACCCACGUGACUGGGAAUUACAGGAAGGGACAUUCACACCUCGGUUACUCUUUGGUGACUCACAUUCCCGCUGGAGCAAGAGACAUCCAAAUAGUGGAACGGAAAAAAUCAGCUGAUGUUUUGGCUGUUGCAGAUGAAGCUGGCUCUUACUACUUCAAUGGGAAUUACAAAGUAGAUAGCCCCAAAAACUUCAACAUUGCAGGCACCGUCUUCAAAUACAGGAGGCCAAUGGACAUUUAUGAGACAGGCAUAGAAUAUAUUGUUGCACAAGGGCCAACCAACCAGGGCUUAAACGUAAUGGUCUGGAACCAAAAUGGUAAAAACCCCUCAAUAACAUAUGAAUAUACCAUUCUAAAGAGGCCACAUUUGAAAAAUGCCCAGCCUGUUUACUAUACCUUCUCUGAAUCGGACAGUGAAGAAAGCCAUGAGUUUGAUGGAGAAGAGCCUUUGGGAUUUAUUCAGCACAAUGCAAGUUUCUUUGGGACCCUUUCUAAAGAAAAGAUCCAUUUGGAAAAUCAAGUGUUUGAAAGGCAAGGCUCAACAGAAGACCUAGACUUGAGCCAAAUCCAGGAGACCAACGAAGUCUAUGAUCGGACGGAAGCCAAUGCACGUGCUCCAGUACUAAAGAACAAGCAGUCCAAAGAUUCAAACGCAACCAAGUCUGAUUACAUGGGAGAACGAAGUGGAAGAGAAUUCGAUGCUCACCUCGCUUCCAAAGAAUUCCUGUCAGAAAAUGCAAUCACUCACAAGCUUCUGGACAAGACAUCAGACUCAAAAGAGCUGGCCUGGAAUACGACUGUGAACAGCAUCUUUUCUCCAAGGGACCCCAUCAACUCUGUUGGAUCUCACCUAGACAGCCUUUAUGUCGAUUAUGAUGACAAUGAAGAGGUGCCCUACACUGUCAAUGGCACUUUCUUGGAACUGAGCAGUGACAAAACUAUUAACACAUCUUCUGAGACACAGAUGUUUUCUAAUGCAACCAUUUCUGCCACCACUCAAGGGAACAGAACCCAUAAAGCCAGGAACCGGCUGAAGUUGUUUAGAAAGGGUCAGAAUAUGAGUCCUGCGGACAUGUACCGGUGGAAACUGUCUUCCCACGAGCCCUGCAGCUCUACCUGCACCACAGGUGUGAUGUCCACCUAUGCCAUGUGUGUCCGCUAUGAUGGGAUCGAGGUGGAUGAUAUGUACUGUGAUGCAAUGACCCGCCCUGAGCCAGUCCACGAAUUCUGUGCGGGAAGAGAAUGCCAACCAAGGUGGGAGACCAGCAGCUGGAGUGAGUGUUCCCGGACCUGUGGCGAAGGAUACCAGUUUCGCAUCGUCAGAUGUUGGAAAAUGAUCUCACCUGGUUUCGACAGCUCAGUCUACAGUGAUCUGUGUGAAUCUGCAGAUAUCAUCCGGCCAGAAGAGAGGAAGGUCUGCAAAAAUCCUUCCUGUGGUCCACAAUGGGAGAUGUCUGAGUGGUCAGAGUGCACAGCCAAGUGUGGCGAGAGGAGCAUUGUGACCAGAGACAUCCGCUGUUCUGAAGAAGAGAGGCUGUGUGAUGCUAACCCCAGGCCACCAGCUGAGAAGAACUGCACUGGGCCUCCUUGUGACCGGCAGUGGACCGUCUCUGACUGGGGACCCUGCAGUGGAAGCUGUGGCCAGGGGAAAAUGAUUCGACAUGUAUAUUGCAAAACCAGUGAUGGGCGUGUAGUGCCUGAAUCUCAGUGUAACGUGGAGACGAAGCCGCUUGCCAUACAUCCCUGUGGGGACAAGAAUUGUCCUGUACAUUGGCUGGCCCAGGACUGGGAAAGGUGUAACACUACAUGUGGCCGAGGGGUGAAGAAACGGAUUGUACUUUGCCUGGAGAUCGUCACUGGAAAAAUCAAAACCCGCAACCCAAGUGAAUGUGAUAUCACCAAGAAACCCUCGGAGGAAACGACCUGCUUUGAACGCCCUUGUUUCAAGUGGUACACGACCCCUUGGUCUGAGUGUACAAAGACGUGCGGCAUUGGUGUCAGGAUGCGAGACGUCAAGUGCUACCAAGGGAAAGAUCUUGUCCGGGGCUGCGACCUUCUCGUAAAACCUGUUGGUAAACAGACCUGUGACCUUCAGCCCUGCCCCACGGAACCACCAGAUGACAGCUGCCAAGACCAAGCUGGAACAAACUGUGCACUGGCAAUUAAAGUGAAUCUCUGCAGCCACUGGUACUACAGCAAAGCAUGUUGCAGAUCAUGCCGAGCUCCACAUUCUUAGGAGGGGAGAGAAGAAAUGAGGGAUCCUCGGGUUCUGAAGAGCAAGCGGGGGAGGACGCCGGAGCAACGGGGAGACUCUCCCAGCCACACCACUGAAGGCCAGAGCUGGAAACUGGAGAUCUCUCCUCCUCUUCCUUUCUUCCUUUCCUUUCCUUUCCUUUCCUUUCCUUCCUUCCUUCCUUCCUUCCUUCCUUCCUUCCUUCCUUCCUUCCUCAGCAUGAAGGAAUGGGUCAUGUUCUUUGCCUUUCAGCACAAACUUUUAGUACUACUGUCCAUCAGCCUCACCUGCUUGCAAAGAAGUCAUGUACCUAGGACCAUGAAUAUGUAUUCAGUUCUUCUGCAGGCUUUGAGCUUCCUUUUUGCUAUGGUUUCCUUGUAACUUAGUAAGAUUUGAUCUGGAGGCACCUUUUCGUUUCUGACUGCCCCCCAUAAAUGCCAGAGUAAUUUUGAGCCUGUGUGCAAACUUCACACUUGUAAACUUGUGUAACUUGGCACCCAGAGCCUCUCCAACGAGACCAGCUUGCAUCAUUUCAAGCUUCCCAUCUAGAGUUGCUGAGAGGUUUUAAUAGUUGGCUGAGAACACAUGAUGUUUAAUUAGAGGCCCCACUGUUUUUUUCACCAGGAGAAUGAACCUCCUAGAUCCACAGUUUUUAUGACUAGGAUGUAUUCUAUCAAGUCAAAUGCUAGAUCAGCCAUCUGUCUUAGCCCUGCCCCUAUGCAUCAGGUAAACUGCCCACUUAAACAAAAAACCUUAAGAUGUUACACACAGAUUUAUCCAUAUAUACCUUCUGUCUUCGCUUUAUUAAAAAAAUUAAACAUUUUAAGAAUAGGUAAAAAACUGGUUAGGGAAUUGUGUGGGUGGGUGUGGGGAAACUGAUUUGGUGACUACACAAGUGCUGGCCAAUAUAUGCCAUCCACAGCUGGUGUUUGCUGCAAACAUACAGAACAAAUUCUUUUUCAGAGUGCAGUCCUGGAGAGGAAAACGUACACUUGGACUGAACAAACAAGAGCACUUCAGCGCCGGCUUCACCACUCUACAAAUGUUAUGUCUUUCUUUGGAUUCUGAAUUUCAUUCUUUUGCUGUCUGUUUCUUCUCCAUCCAAGCAUAUUUACUUUGUUUUGCAGCAAUGAUGAGCUGAAAUUAAUGCUGCCCAGGCAGCUAUACCAAGGCCCUUUAGAUGUAAUAUGUAGGUGUGUACUUUUUCAGAGAAUUUUAUCUUGUAAUCCAACUCCAGGCCUGUAGUCCUUAAUUAAAAUGACAUAAUGCCAACAUAUUGUAUAGAAUAAUGAAACCAUAACAGCACUUUAUAUCACAAAAAAGAGACAUGUGCUCUUUUUUUAAUAUAUUUGUUUACAAAUGGUGAACUUUAUC